AUGUGUGGAGAUGGAGCUAAUGAUUGUGUAAUUAUUUUAAUUAUAUUUAAUUUUAGUCAGCUAUUUCAUAAGCAUAAGUUGGAAUAUCAUUUAGUGAAGCUGAUGCAUCAUAUACAGCACCUUUUAGUAGUAAAUCUACAUCAUUAGAUUGUGUUGUUAAAGUAUUAUUAUAAGGCAAAGCAGCUACUAUGACUAUUAUUGAAGUGUUUUAAUAUUAAAUUAGUGUUAAUACAUUAAAAUUCAUAGCUGUACUUUUUACAUUUUUAGAAGCUGAAACAUUUGCAGAUUUUUAAUUUACUUAUACAUCUAUUAUAUCAAAUAUUCCUUUAUUGAUAUUUUUAUGUUUAUCUGGUCCAUGUGAUACUUUAGCUAAAUAUAAUCCAUUAGAUGAUUAAUUUGCUAUUUAUAAUUAAAUUUAAAUUUAUAAUAAUUUAAUUUGGGGAGCAGCAGGGUAUUAUAAUAAAUUAUUAUUUUUAGAUUGAUUGUUAAUUUUUUUAUUUCAUAAGCAGUUAGAGAUGUUCAUACAUGUGAAAUAGAUGAACCAAUUAUUAAUUGUAUACCAAAACCAAUUGAUGAAUUAAAGAAAUCUGGAGAUAUACAAUCUGUAAUGUUUAUGAGUUUAAUGUUCUUCUUUAUGACAUUUGCAAUCAAUCUUUACAUUUCCAAUCCUUUCAAAUAAAGAUAUUUUAGAAACUAUUUAUUACUCUUAUGGACAUUAUUAGGUUUCAUUUUAUUCUUUGUUUCAGCUAUAUUUCCAAAAGGAGGAAAAUGGGCAAAAUUGAUUAAUGUCAAUGAUAAUGCGUAAUCAUAUUUUAUUUAUAUUUCUAGUUUCUAAGGUUAUAAUUGGAUAAUGAUAGCCGUUGUUGUAAUAGCCUCCUUAUUAGGAUUCAUUACCUAAACUAUUUUAUAGAAAUAUCUUCCUUCAAAAAAGAAAAUAGAAUUUUGA